AUGGCUGAACACCACGAGAGCGAGACCAAAGUUGUCGUUGAGGAGGCAGAAGUGGAGGCCAAGGAUCGGGGAUUGUUCGAUUUCUUAAAGAAGAAGGAUGAAGACGAGAGGCCUCAAGAGGAGGUGAUCGUCACUGAGUUCGAGAAGGUUCAGUCCAGCGAUGAGGAAGAAGGUGAAGGAGAGGAGAAGAAGAAAAAAAAGAAGAAGGGUCUGAAAGAGAAGAUCAAGGAAAAGAUCUCAGGAGAAAAGGAAGAAGAGAAGAAAGAAGAGGACACCACAAUCCCUGUUGAGAAAGUUGAGGAGCCCGCUGCCCAUCCUGAAGAGAAGAAAGGAUUCCUUGAGAAGAUCAAGGAAAAACUUCCAGGCCAGCACAAGAAAUCUGAAGAGCCGGCCUCCCCUCCUCCUCCGGCAGAGAGUGCAGCCCCCGAGCCUGAGAAGAAGGGCAUCUUAGAGAAACUCAAGGAGAAGCUUCCUGGGUAUCACUCCAAGACUGAGGAAGCUGACAAGGAGAAGAAAGAGACGUCAGAUUAA